AUGAGCAACACAAACGACGAUGUCGAGCAGAAGAAGCGCAGCCAGGCCAUUGACCGCAAGCUCGAGGAGGACUCGCGCCGGUUACGGCGGGAAUGCAAGAUCCUCUUGCUGGGCUCUGGCGAGAGCGGCAAAUCCACCAUCGUCAAGCAGAUGAAGAUCAUCCACCAGAACGGCUACACGCAGGACGAACUCGCCAUGUACCGCCUCACCAUAUACAAGAACGUCAUCGACUGCGCAAAGGCCCUCAUUGGCGCCAUGCGACAAUUCGACAUCACCACAGAGAGCCCUGGCAACGACGAGUACUGCAACUACCUGCUGGAAUACACAGUUGACCCAGACCCAGAAAAGCCGCUCCAUGUGCGGGUAGGUCAGGCCAUCACAUCCAUGUGGCGCGACCCUUGUAUCUCCAAAGUGCUGGAGCACUCGAGCGAGUUUUAUCUGAUGGAUUCAGCGCCAUACUUCUUCGACGAAGUAGAACGAAUAGCAGACCCCAACUACAUUCCCAUCGAGUCGGACGUGCUGCGAGCGCGUACCAAGACUACCGGUAUCUACGAAACAAGAUUCACCAUGGGGCAACUAAGCAUCCACAUGUUCGACGUAGGAGGCCAGCGAAGCGAGCGCAAGAAGUGGAUACACUGUUUCGAAAACGUCACAUCCAUCAUAUUCUGCGUCGCAUUGAGCGAGUACGAUCAAGUCUUGCUGGAAGAAAGCUCACAAAAUCGCAUGAUGGAGAGCUUAGUCCUCUUUGACUCGGUCGUCAAUAGCCGUUGGUUCAUGAGAACUAGUAUUAUUCUUUUCCUGAACAAGGUCGAUUUAUUCAAGGCGAAGCUUGCGCGAUCCCCCCUCGGCAAUUACUUCCCCGACUACUCUGGCGGCAACGAUGUCAACCGCGCUGCCAAAUAUCUGCUGUGGAGAUUCAAUCAAGUGAAUCGCGCACAUCUUAAUCUAUAUCCUCAUCUUACACAAGCCACCGACACAUCGAAUAUUCGACUCGUUUUCGCCGCCGUCAAAGAGACUAUAUUACAGAACGCACUGAAAGACUCGGGCAUCCUAUAA